GGUGCGGCGAACUCAUGUAGCGGAACCAUGGUCCUUGGGAGUGGCAUUUAUUAUCGUGAUCGUCCAUAUUCCUCCCCAAAAUAAAAUUAAAUUAUUUUUGAGGAAUUAUUAUAUAAGAUCGUAAAUUUUGUAUGCUCCAUCUACUUGUGUCACGAAUUUAUUACCAAUCCCACUUACGAAUAAAUUGCGAUAACACCUAUUCUCAUGUUGAUAGCUUGAUUUAUCCUCUUAAUCAGCCACAGGGAGCUGAGAAUUUGAUCACAAUUUUUGUUGAAGAAGUUGCUGAAACUGAUUCAACUCAGAUGUUGGAUAAAACAAUGCAACCUUCAACAGUGACAAGAAAGAUCCUUUUUCGUGUUAUAUCUCUAUCCAUCUUCCUCAUCAUCUUCUCCUGUUUGGUUCUUCUGAAAAACUCCAGCAGAAGCUACAUAAUCCCUGAAACAGUUCUCAUGCUGGUUCUUGCCAACAAGACAUCUGAGCCCAGCACAGAAGUUAGGGAUAGUGAUAACCCUCCCCUCAACUCUUUGUUUUCUCCUCCUCUGCUUCCUCUCAUUAAUAGGAGGCCCGCAUCGAGAAGCCCGGUUCGUGUUCGACGAAAUGCCAAGUUCGAGACGCUGAAGGUUUACAUGUAUGACCUUCCUCCCGAGUUUCACUUCGGAAUGUUGGAUUGGAAAGGACGAGGUGAUCAGAUAUGGCCGGAUGUUCGUAGUGUAAAUCGCAUUCCGAGGUACCCGGGGGGUCUGAAUUUGCAGCACAGUAUCGAAUACUGGCUCAUCCUAGACCUUUUAUCUUCGACUGUUCCGGGCUUUGAUAGGCCUUGCAGUGCUGUUAGAGUGACGAAUUCUAGUCUUGCGGAUGUGAUCUUCGUGCCGUUCUUCUCUUCUUUGAGUUACAAUCGACACUCUAAGCCUUCUGGGAGGGAGAAAGUCAGUAGGAAUAGGUUUUUGCAGGAUGAAUUGGUGAAGUACUUGAGGAGUCAAGAAGAGUGGAGGAGAGGGGGUGGAAGGGAUCAUCUCAUUGUGGCUCACCAUCCGAAUAGUAUGUUGGAAGCUCGGAGGAAGCUAGGGUCCGCUAUGUUUGUGCUUGCGGAUUUUGGGAGAUACCCUGUUGAGAUCGCGAAUUUGAAGAAGGAUAUUAUUGCUCCUUACAGGCAUGUUGUGGAUUCUGUUGGCAAUGAUUCUGCCCCUUUUGAAAAGCGUCGAACAUUGGCCUACUUCCAGGGAGCGAUUUAUAGGAAAGACGGCGGUAUGAUACGUCAGACACUUUACCAACUUCUCAAGAAUGAAAAAGAUGUCCACUUCACUUACGGAACUGUUCGUCAAGGCGGAAUCAGAAAUGCUGGCAGGGGAAUGGCUUCAUCGAAAUUCUGUCUAAAUAUUGCGGGCGACACCCCAUCUUCGAAUCGCCUCUUUGAUGCCAUUGUGAGCCAUUGUGUUCCUGUCAUUAUCAGUGACGACAUUGAGCUCCCGUUCGAGGAUGUUUUAGAUUAUUCGGAAUUCUGUGUUUUUAUCCGUGCCUCAGAUGCCGUGAAGAAAGGUUUUCUGGUAAAUGUGCUGAGGGGAACAACACGAGACAAGUGGACUAAAAUGUGGCAGAGAUUAAAGCAAAUAGCACAUCACUUUGAGUUUCAGUACCCGUCGAAGCAAGGAGAUGCUGUUCAGAUGAUAUGGGAGGCAGUUGCUCGAAAAAUCUCGUCUGUGCAUUUGGAGCUACAUAGGAAGAAGAGGUACUACAGGACACAGCUCAAUAACUAAAAGUAGGGUGAAGUUCCAUAAGUUUUGAUCUACAGUUUGAUCCUGCGAAUUCCUAGGGGUGUUGCUUUACAUCGGUUAAAACCUGUAAGUUCAUUGUUAAUAGACGAACUCUACGAUUGGAUCUCUUAUACAAAUUUUACUGAUCGGCACUAAUAUGAUAGAAUGAAUGUAGUCUUCCUUCUAACGAAGGUACAUCUUCAAUGACAAGAAAUGGAAUCGCGAGGAACUCAAACUUCUUUCAGGGCCA